AUGUUUGUUUGGUUUGAAAUGUCUAGAGCACUCGUCAUAGCACUUGACAUCAACAGACAGGUCUCAUUCAUGGUGAAAACACCAAAAGCGGGAUACCCAAUUGAGUAUACGAAGAAGGUGGGCAUGGAUUUGGAAACAUUCAGGCUAUCUAAGGAGUUGAACAAUACGGUGGUAGGAGACAUAUACAAGGAGGUUGCAAGCAAGGAGAUGAAGUACAAGGCACAGUUUACAGAGAAAAUGAAUGACAUCAGUCCACUUGGAUUGAACGUCUUCUUUGCUCAUAAUUUAUUGGAGAAGCACCUUCAAAAACACAUUGGAAAUGGUAAAUUAUACGUGAAUGUGAAGGAUUAUAACAGCAAGAGUGAAGCAGAGGGCAUAUUGGAAGAGAUGGGGAACAUGAAGAUGGAUGUUACUGUGGUUCCAGAGUCAUUGGCAGUUGCUAUGUACUUGCUAAAUCAGUACAAAAUGAGUGAAGUUGAAAUACUGAAUUUUAGAGGAAGGUUUGCCGUCUUAAGCAAGUUCAAGGUAGAAGAAAAGGAAGGUGAUGGCAAAAAGAUAAUCAAAUUGGAAAGUAGGAAAACAGUGGGAGACAUGUCUGAUUUCAAGGUUGAAGAAAUCAUAGACAUAUUUAUCAAGAAAGCGGUGUUUAAAGCAACAGGUGACUUCAAUAUCACGUGUCUACCACAUACAAACACAGAAAUGAAGGCAUACUGUGAUAUUCUACCAGUGCGACAGCAGAUAAUCAACUACCUGAAUCUAGGAAACAAGAAGUACACACAUAAUGGACUGGAUUGGUUUGAGAAAAAAGACAAAAAGGGAACAAUUCCAGAGCUAACAUUCGAUUUAGAUGUGAUAAGGGCCAAGAUAGAGAGGAAGAGAAGCAAUUUGAUACUGAAUGAGAAGACAUUUGUUCUAUCAAAUUUCAGUUUCAUGGAUAAGUACAACAGUAUUGAAGGAGUGAUGGUAUCAGGUACACCGAUAAUACACGGAAUGUUAUUGGAACCAGAAUACGAGGUACAGAAAGAUGAGCUGCUUAUUGAACGCAAAUUCAAGCAUUUUACAGGUGAAUUCCUGAAUUUCUAUUCAAAGCUACAGGUUAUGAAACGAGCACAUGUGCUAUGUGAAGCAGUCAAUAACAGCGUAUUGGAGUACGACUACAUUGAUCACGAGAAGGAGUCGUAUAAGAAGUUCAUGGUGUUUGCUGAGGAGAACAGAACUAAAAUGAUGAAAUCGUUUGAAAAGGCAAAUGAGUUCAUCGGAUUGCAUAAGAUCGUAGAAAAUGAGGAUUUGGAGAUCAAAGGGAAGUUUAUAAUGAAGGAAACGCAGCUAAAGAUGCUCAGAAAGACAAUGGAGGAGGCUACUGCACUAUCAAUUGAUGUGAAGGAGUAUGAGAAGUUCCUAAGCAAAAAAGAGAGUGAUCCUCAGGCAGGUGUAGAAAUCAAAGGGAAGAAUUUUGAACUGAAAAUGAAGGUGAACAAAAAGAAGAAGGAAAAUGAAGAGGACAAGAAGGUUGAAGAAAAAGAAGGAAAAGAAGAAGACACAUUUGAAGGAUCAAAUACACUUGAGGAUAUUCAGAAGAAGGUGCAAGAUAUGAUCAAGAAGCAGGGUAUUGAUGAUAAAUUGAAACGGCUAUUUGGUAAUAAGGAAGAUGUGACAGAAGAAGAUCGGAAUAAAGUUGAAAAGAUGCUUGAAGCAGCACAGAAGGAGCAGGAUGAGAACGAGGAAGAGCCAAAGGAGAAGAAGACGCCCAAGAGGGAUGAGCUGUAA